GUUCCAUUCCCGGGGCGCGCGGCCACGAGCGUUUAAGACUGGGGGGCGGGGGCGGAGCUUUCUCUUUGCAGGGUCUCUUCGGCGCACGGAGCCUUUGGGAGCCCAGGUAAAACGGCAUUCUCUCCUUCCCCGUUUCAUCCUCAAAACACUCCUGCAAGACCAGGAGGGGGCAAACAGCCAUGGCUGACUUUGCGAAUGCUGACGGCGAUCGUAUCAGCCCAGAUCUCUGGACUUCUCACAAUAAGAUGGUGCUGGAACCCUUGGACACCAACGACCCCGAGGUGUACGAGAUUAUCCGGAAGGAGAAGCGCCGGCAGCGACUCGGGUUGGAGCUGAUCGCGUCCGAGAAUUUUGCGAGUCGCGCGGUCCUGGAAGCUUUGGGCUCCUGUAUGAACAACAAGUACUCAGAAGGCUACCCAGGGCAAAGAUACUACGGCGGGACGGAGUUUGUGGACGAAUUGGAGAGGCUGUGCCAAAAGAGGGCUCUGGAGGCUUACGGGUUGGACCCGCAGAAGUGGGGAGUCAACGUUCAGCCCUACUCAGGGUCUCCCGCAAACUUUGCCGUAUACACCGCCUUGGUGGAACCUCACGGCAGAAUCAUGGGGCUGGAUUUGCCCGACGGGGGCCACCUGACACAUGGCUUCAUGACAGACAAGAAGAAGAUCUCGGCCACCUCGAUCUUCUUCGAAUCCAUGCCGUACAAGGUCAACCCUGAGACGGGAUAUAUCGACUAUGACCGUCUGGAGGAGAACGCCCGCCUGUUCCACCCAAAACUGAUCAUCGCAGGGGUCAGCUGCUAUUCACGUAACCUGGAAUACGCCCGCAUGAGGAAGAUCGCCGAUGAGAACAGCGCGUACCUCAUGGCCGACAUGGCGCACAUCAGUGGCUUGGUGGCCGCUGAGGUGGUGCCGUCGCCCUUCGAGCACUGCGAUGUGGUCUCCACCACCACCCACAAAACCUUACGGGGGUGCCGGGCAGGCAUGAUCUUCUACAGGAAAGGAGUUCGCAGCAUUGACCCCAAAACUGGAAAGGAAAUCCCGUACAACCUCGAAAGCCUCAUCAAUCAAGCUGUGUUUCCAGGGCUGCAGGGGGGCCCACACAAUCAUGCCAUUGCAGGAAUUGCCGUGGCCCUGAAACAAGCCAUGACUCCGGAAUUCAAGAUUUACCAGAAGCAGGUGGUGGCCAAUUGCAAAGCCCUGGCAAAAGCACUCAUGAGCUUGGGGUACCACAUUGUGACCGGGGGGUCCGACAACCAUCUGAUCCUGGUGGACCUGCGCAGCCAAGGAACGGAUGGUGGCCGAGCGGAACGGGUUCUCGAACUGUGCUCGAUCGCAUGCAACAAGAACACCUGCCCAGGAGACAAGAGCGCUUUAAGGCCCAGCGGGCUGAGGCUCGGGACCCCAGCGCUGACCUCCAGGGGCUUUGUGGAAAAAGACUUUCAAAAAGUAGCGCACUUCAUUCAUAAAGGUAUCGAACUCACCGUGCGGGUCCAGAAGGACAUGAGCCCCAAAGCGACGUUGCGGGAGUUUAAGGAAAAGCUGGUCUCUGAUGAGAAGUACCAGGCGGCCCUGAAGUCCCUCAAGGAAGACGUGGAGGCCUUUGCGGAGUCUUUUCCCCUCCCCGGGUUGCCCGUUCUGUAAAGCGUCGACAGCAACUGCUGCGUUUCUUCCCAACCACGACCCUGCAAAGCUGUCCUCCGAUGUUCUGGUGCCAGGAGGAAAUAACAAUUGCACACCCAAGAUUGCUCCCCUCUCCCAUUUGAGCCGUUGCCGUUCCUAAAAGCUGGGGCGGUUUUUAAAUGUUUGCUUUUUAUGAACUUCUCCCUCUUUUUAACAUGCUGCAAAAUGGCCUGAUAACCGGCAGGGAGCCAUCAGCAACCCAAAGAAGUUUUAAACCCUUGUGAUUUUUUAAAAAUAAAUUGUCAGUGGACGUCCCAAAACGCACCAUUUACAGCGUUGCCCAGAGAUCUCGAGCAAGAUUGCGAUGGGUAGAAAUUCUGGACUGAUAAACAGACCCAAAAAAACAGGUUUUGCCAAAAGUCAAGUUGAUUUUGGUGUGUGGUAUAAGUCUGAGAAACUAUGAAGGGGAAAGAAUCUUGUGCCAACGGGGAAGGGAUAUCAUCUUCUGACAGUCACCAAAUAAACACCAAUCUGUGUUUCA